GAAUAUUUGGUAAAUAUCUUACACGAUAUUCACCAUGUGGUAAUUUUUAUCAAUGUCAUUUUAGUGGAAAUAAUUCCUAUGAUAUAUUAACAAAUAUUUUUAAUGAUGCUAUGUGGAGAGAACGAGAUUAUGGUAAUGGUCAACUUAGUUGGGUUAGAUUAAAUGAAAUUAAUUGUAAUUCUCAGGCUGAAUUGUUUAUUGAAUGGACUAUGAAAGAACUUCAUGAUAUAGCAG